UUUACAAGGUGGAUUAUAGACAAUGUGGAAAGAAACAAAUAAAGUUAAACCUAAAAAUGAUAUAUUUACCACGCAAGCACGGACGAAAGAUUCGGAAAAGUCACCGUUAAAAUUGUCGGAGAUUUCACUAAAGUAUUUAAAAUUGUAUUGUGAAUAUUCCAGUUUAAACAGUUUGAAAUAUCUUGCUGAUACUCAAAGGCCGUGGUUUGAAAGAGUUCUGUGGGUUAUAAUACAUUUUCUAGUUAUAUCUACUCUGGUGUUUAUGGUUUAUCUUUCCUAUCAAGAAUUUAUAUUGACACCUUUGGUAACUUCCAUGGAAACAGAUAGUUACAGAACGACAAAUUUAAACAUGCCAGGAAUCGCCAUCUGUUCUAUUAACAGGAUAAGUCGGCAAUCCGCGACAGAACUGGCGACCAACAUUUUUAAUGCAAAAGUCACGGACCAGUCAGUCGAUGAAAUUCUCGACUUGCUGACGCAUUUGGGCGAUCUCUACGCUUCCACUUUCGUUAUGGAUGCAAGUCUUAAUGUGGAACUACAUAAACUUUUAACGACUUAUUUCAAUGGGUCUUACGAUAUUACGGAUACGAUGAAAGAACUGACGCCGCAAUGUUCGAUGAUGCUAUUGAAAUGUAAGCUGCAUGGGGUUUAUAGGAACUGCUCAGAGCUCUUCACGUUUCGCAAAACCCAAGAUGGAUACUGUUGUACCUUCAAUUACGCGCGCGAAAGCGACGACAUUCCCGUAAUGAACGGUACGUUGGAGUCGCUUUAUAUACAUCAAAUAGCGGAUCUCGGAAUAGAACGCGGGCUAACAGUCGUAAUGGAUCCACUUUUGGAUGAUUAUUUCUCCUCAAUACUGCCCAUUAAGGGUUGGAAGGUAAUUGUGUUCAACCCUACUGAUUAUCCGGAUAUGACCACCGGUGGUGUCACGGAGAUAUUCGCAACGCCUCUUUCCGAGACAUUCGUGGACAUAACCACGACGGCCUUCAUCAGUACUGAAAUUGUUCACAGUUUCUCCAGGCAGAAACGUAAUUGCAUUUUUUCAGAUGAAGACAGCCCAAUGUAUAGCGAUACGAUGUAUACUUACAGUGAUUGUAUCGUCGACUGUAAGGUUUAUAACAUACAGAAAGUUUGUGGAUGCAGACCGUUCUUUUACCCACGUCGCAGCAAGUCAGACUGGUCAUGGCGUGUUUGCAACAGCGAGGACUUAAAUUGCCUGGCUAAGUAUAAAUCUAAAUGGUUGACGAUUUUUCCUUAUGACGAUGAAGGUAAUAUUUUCCGGCUGGAAAAAAACGCUUUGCAUUGUCGGAAUUGUUAUCCUGCCUGUAACGAUGUUAGUUACGAUGUAUUUACUUGGAAGAGUAACAUGAGUCCCGGUGGAUAUAAUACCAAUUUAUUAUGGAAUUACAAUGUUACUGACGAAGGAGUGCUACAUGUAUACUUCUCGAAAUAUGGCACAAUCAGAUUAAAACAAGACGUGGCUUUUUAUUGGUACGAACUCAUGAGUGAUAUUGGCGGUAUAUGUGGUGUCUUCAUUGGCUUCAGUUUCAUCAGUAUAGUGGAGAUUCUGUACUUCGUCGCGCUUGUGUUUCGCGAUUUCCUCUGCAAAACUUCGUCCUUAAAGGAAGACAACAAUCAUAAGGAUGAAAUCCCAUCGGUCCAAUCUCAAAUCACGCAGGAAAUUUAUUGGAAAGAACUGUUUCCGCGAUCUUGGCGUUCGGCGAAAUAUGGCAAAGUCUCUAACAACAGAGCUAGAUACUGACAAGUUAUAUUAUGGAACUAUUCCGGAAGAUUUCCACGUAAUCGUAAUAAUUCCAUUGUUUCUUUUAGUAGAUUUAAAUAUUCAAAUAAUAUUCGAAAUUAUUGAAAAGUGUCUGAUGACAUUUUGCAAUUAAACAGAAAAUUAAUUCCCAUCGGGAUGAAGCCUUAGGCCCGGUCGCACCAACGUCACGGAAUCUUAACUUUACCUUAAUUCACUCUUCGUCUCUUUCUGUUUCCCUUAGGUCUGGUUUUUCAUUGUCUGGUCAACUGUUAAUCAGACGUUAGUCUACUUUCCAUU